AAAUAUUAGGUGUCCAUUGUGCCGCACUAAACGUGAAUACUUUUAAAGAUUGUAAGUGGUGUAUCAAACAUAUGUAUCCUUUAUUAAGGCUAUUCAUAUCUUCCUUUUUAAAGGAGCGGUUGCUGUAAAGAACAUAUUUUAGGCUUGACCACAUCUAAUAAUUUUCACUCAGUCAAAAAUUAGAGGCAGCCCAUCGCCGAGGCGCCAGAAUCAAACAAACAGUAACGAGGACUAAUUUAUGUAGCUAGCUACCAAAGGUUGUACAUUGAGUUGAAGAAAGUGCAAAGGAAACUUGAAAACACCCCUGCUCACGUUUAUGAGAUCUGUCCAUCACUCUGCACCAUGAAGACCUCCAAACCAGCAGAGCAGACCUCGGCUAAAGAGGAAUGUGGUGUUUGGUUGGACACUGUGCAACUGAAAGGAAAUGCUAAACAGAAACGACUCGCCCGUCCUAUUUCUAAACUGCUGAAUCCCUUCGCUGGAGGCAGAGCAUACAAUUUGGCUGUGGCUCUCAACUUCACUCAGACCAAAAUGGAGAUGCCAAAGACAAAACAGAGCUCCAUAUCAAACUUCUUUGCACCUCAGCGCAGAGUUCUCAAUAAGAUGUCUACUUCUGAAGUACCAAACAUGGAUCCAGUGCGGCCUUCUUCACCAUCUACCUCAUCCACACUUGCCUUAACUGCACCUACACCUUUAGUAUUGGGGACAAAACGAAGGCGUGAAAUAGAUCUUGAAAAGUUUGACUUCUAUAACUCUGAGCCUUGUGUGGAUCAUGAGUGGAAAAGUGAAAAUGUGACUGAGCUUGAAGCAGCAGAAUGGCAAGAGCCGGCUACAAGCCAUACAGCUCAAAACGUGUACUAUGAGUUGGAGGAAGAGCAGUUUGAGGAGAUAAACCCACCACAGAGUAAGAGGAGGCUCAUUGCAGCCUCCUCAUUGUCAGGUGACAGUCAACCUCUUCUACAGGCGUGGAGUCAGGACCCACUGCUUACCUGUAGCCAAUAUUCUGAAGACCAGACUAACCAGAAAAACAUCCCAGCAAAGAACUUUAGUGACUUAAAGCAGAGUUUUGUUAACAGUCUACAAAGUGAGGAAGCCUUUGGUAUCCAGGUUGAUGUGGAAGGGAGGACCUCAACUCAAAACCACUUUCAUUCUUCUCAAAUGGAUGAUGAGAAAGAAAACAGCAGAUUUUUGUCUUUUAAGUCCCCAAGAAAGCACUCACCUCUUACUCAUAUUGAGCCUCUUUCAAAUCAUAAAUGGACAGAACCAAAAUCACCUCAAAAAUGUAUUCCAGAGCAGCUGUGGAAAAGAGCUGAUAAAAAGGAGAGCCUUGAGUCCCCGUUCAAAUGGAAAAUACCAAGCUGCUCUCCUCCAAAAAAACUAGCACUGCAGCUCUCCUGCAGAGAGUUUGACGAGGACAGUCUGGCCAUGUUGUUCACCCAGGACUCUGAGGGCUUCAGGGUAAUAGCACACAGAGGUCUGCAAGCCAGGAGUCCUCUCAAAGACCAGAGUAACAUCAGCUCUGGGACGGUGAGAAAGAGCACUUACAAAUCUCAGAUGGAACAAGAGGAGGAAGAUGAGAUGCUCUUUACUCAAGACUCUCAGGGAAAUAUGGUGAUCAAACACUAAAAGGAGCCUUUGAAAUGUCUGGAUGUAGUAAUAAUCUCUACUUUUAAAAAUAUUUUUCUGUGCUACUAGAGCUUGAAAUCAGAGAAAUCUGUUAUAAACAGAUCUUGCUUGUUUCCAUAAUGACCUGACUGUUUUACUUUUAGCUACUAUUGAUAUAUUUUCUGUGACUGUCUUACCUGUAAAUCUUUUGUAUUUUCCCGGAUGUUUCAGUCUACUUACAGUUUUCCAUGUUGGAGUUUGCUUGUGUUUGUGAUACCAAGUAUUAUUUUCUGUAUGAUGCUGAAAUAUCUUGCAAGGUGCAGGUUUAUUUUUGCAAUAAUACUAACAAGCAAAAACUGAGAUUUUAUUUUAUUUGAAAAAUGGUAAACAGUUACAUUAAUUUGUUUUCAUGUAAAUUAAAAGUUUUAAAAAGCAUUUCUGGUGUUCACACUAUCUUUAUCUUAUGCUGGUGCCAUGUGCUACAUGUUAGGACAAAGUAAUAUAGAGACGAGAAAGUGCUCAAGUUACUACUACUACUGUUAGUCUUUAAUGGUGUACAAAUGCAGAGCUUGUAACUUGAUUUCUAAAUAUUCAGAUAAACUAGUAGCCAAGUAUUAAGUUAACUAUUUUUUAAGUGGAUUCAAUGCCUUCUGCAAACACCUGACAUUGUUACAUUUGUCUAAGGUCAUUGAUUAUACUGUACAUACGCAAGCAACUGUGACAUCUGCCGGCAAUGCAAAAUAUAGUGAGCAGUGUUGCAUUAACUUCACUCAAUAAGUGCAGCAGUGCUACAUGACUACCAUGCACUAUACACAUUUAAGAAACUAAGACACAUGUCAUUAGAUA